AAAACAAAAUAGUUUGCAUUUUUAUUCAGAUCUUGAGGUCCACAGUUUCACCUUCGUACCACAACACCCAAGUGGUUCUUUAGAGAGAGAGAGAGAGAGAGAGAGAGAGAGAGAGAGAGAGAGAGCGUGAGAGAGACUAAUAAGCUUCUCUCUGGACGUUACAUUUUUUUGUGAACAUAGAAACACACGAAACUUAACCAAAACAAACAAAUAUGGGAGAGGAGGAGAAGAAACCAGAAGCAGCAGAGGAUAAGAAAAUGGAGGAAAAGAAACCAGAGGAAGAGAAAAAAGAAGGAGAAGGAAAGAAAGUGGAGGCUGAUGAGAAAAAAGGAGAAGAAUCUGAGAAGAAAACUCAAGAAGGAGAACCUACUAAAGAUUCCAAAGAAGAUUCACCUCCGGCGGAGCCUGAGGCUCCAGCACCGCCUCCUCCACCGCAAGAAGUUAUCCUUAAAGUCUACAUGCACUGUGAAGGCUGUGCUAGAAAAGUCCGCCGUUGCCUCAAAGGCUUCGAAGGAGUGGAAGAUGUCAUGACUGAUUGUAAAACGGGGAAAGUGGUGGUGAAGGGAGAGAAAGCUGAUCCAUUGAAAGUAUUAGCCAGAGUUCAAAGAAAGACCCACCGUCAAGUUGUGCUUGUUUCUCCAAUUCCUCCACCGUCGCAGCCGGCGGAGAAGAAAGCAGAGGAGGAGAAACCCAAAGUGGAAGAGAAAAAAGUGGAGCCUCCCGUAGUGGUUACGGUGGUCCUCAAGGUUCACAUGCACUGCGAAGCUUGUGCAUCGGAGAUCAAGAAACGGAUCAUGAGAAUGAAAGGAGUGGAAUCUGCUGAAUCAGAUUUAAAGGGUUCUCAAGUGACAGUAAAAGGAGUGUUUGAACCGCAAAAGCUCGUUGAACAUAUUUAUAAACGGACUGGAAAACAUGCUGCCAUUAUGAAAAUUGACCCACCGCCUCCACCGCCACCUGAGGAAGCAGCUGCGGCAGCUGAAGCCGAUAAGAAAGAAGAAGGUAAAGGGGACAAGGGCGGAGGAGAGUCCAAAGGGGAAGAAGGCAAGGACGAAAAGAAAGAAGGGGAAGGCGAAGCAGCUGAAAAUAAAAACGGUGGCGGCGGUGGUGAGGAGGAGGGAAAAGUUGUGGAUGUGAGGAAGAUAGAGAAUCCUUAUUACUACUAUUAUAAUUACCAACUACCGCGUGUGGCGGUUCCGCCUAUGGAAAUGCCGCCUCAUGCUUAUCCGCCUCAACUAUUCAGCGACGAGAAUCCAAACUCAUGUUCCAUAAUGUAACAAAAAAAAAACUGCAAACGCUAAAGGGUUAAUAUGGAGAGUAUUUUGAACAAUUUUGAUGAAGUUGUAACUUGAUGUCUCUCUUUGCAUGUGGUUUUCCUUUACUAUGUUUUGUGCAGCUCUAUUUCUUGUGUAAUUUACAUUGAAAAGAACUCGCCAAUUACGAGUUAUUUCAAAUGCUAUAAGCGAUCAAAUAAAUAAAUUACGAUAGUUUAUAUC